AUGGCGCCCCUUCUCCCCCUCGGGCCUCUUAGCGCUCACUAUGGGCAACUCAGGGAGAAAGCACACGAGAACCUUACCUAUCAUGAGACCCGGCUUGGAGUGCUUCAAUCGACACUGAGGACCUUGAGUGGAGGCCAUCUGCCAGACAAAGCGGCCUCAAAGGUAAACAGGCUGCAAGCUGGUACAUUCCACAAAGCCGAGUUACACACACGAUGGCCAUGGAUCAAUCUAAAGACACCGCACAUACCCAGCUCCCAACCGCAUACCCGACACUACCUGACAAGCCACACCACAGCAUCAGGGAAUUAUUCCCAGGUGGAGCUGAGAAACAAAGAACUGUGGCCUACCAGUGAUGGGAGUUGCUCUCUGCACGAGGACGAGGACUGCGGCUGCCUACUCUCUGCCUCCUGA